AUGAUAGUGCUUCCAUUUUUCUCACUUGCAGGAACUGUCACUCGUAAGUAUUAGGCACUUUCCAAAACCGGAUACUGAGAUUUCUUGCUAACAAACGUAAAGAAACAAGAGAGAAAUUGCGUCUUGAACGAGCACUGCGACCAUAUGAAAGCCUUGCUGACCAAGGAGGGGCAGCAACUCCAGAUAGAGCACCUUCAAUUGGACUGAUUGAGACCCUCCAACCCCAUUAUCGAGGGCCGAUUCUGCCGACAAACCGAAAUCCCACAUGGUAG